AUGUCCAGUCCACCAAGGAUUCAACGAGAUCAUGGCGACAUGCCAGAUGACAUGGUGUUAUUUCCAAUAGGAGAUGAUUCCAGUGAUUACAUGUCACCUGAAUUGACGAGGCCACCAGUUCAUCAUCAACAACAUCAGCAAGAAGAAGAAGCCGAUCGAGGUUCCCCAGUCGAAUUUCCAGCGGACGAAAGUCAUGCCGACACGUCGUCUCGAAUAACAAAAGGAAAAGUUGCAGCAUCAUCAGUCGCCGAAACCAAAACCACCGCCCAAAUGACCAAUCUGACGGAACGAUCCGAACAUCCACGAACCGAAGACGCUUGGGAUUUUGAAAUGGAACUCAUGACCAAAUCCCGAGUCUUUCGAAGUGUCCUCUCGCAACCCAUUCCCGUUUGGAACGACAUGGAGGAGGCGGUUUUGCAAUAUGCACCUCAAUGGAAGCCAGCCCAACGAUCCAAAUUGAUUGAACUCUGGGUCAAAUUCAUGGAACUCAAGGUGAUUGUGGAAGAUUAUUCGGGGAAUGAAGAGGAUCUGUUGUUGGCACCCACCCAAUUGAUUGGUCGAGUCUGGUAUUCCAUCACCCAAAACUCGCAUCUCUAUCAAGAGGUUCUGUAUUGGAUUCAAGAUUAUCACGAUAAGGAUCGUUGUUUGAUCUAUCGGCCCCCCUUGACGUUGUCGCCUAGCAAUUUCAACGAUUCGCAUUCACAAGAAGAGGGAGAUUCCAGUAGUGGUGGUGGUGGUGGUGGACCUAAUAGCAGCAGUGACCAUGCUGCCAAGGAUGACGAUACGGCCAUUGCGCACUUUCAAGAGGGGAGUCAUCAUCGAUUGGAACGAGCCCAGCGUUUGUUUAUCUGUUACUUUCAGCAGGCCAUGCCAGAAUCACUCAAGGCGGUCAACAACAUGUCCAAACGAAGGAGCAGUGAAACCAUCCAGGAGAAUAAUAUAGUCGCCGAGAAUGCUUCGGAUGCGGGAGAUUCCGACUUUAGUGGCAACGAUGAUGAUUGCGAUGAUCAUGAUCAUGAUGAUGAUAUGGAGUUGGACAACAAGUCGGUCCAUACCGAGGCAUCGGAGAAUUGGAUUACCAAGUUUCAAUCCUGGCUCUCGUGUUGGGAAGAUCCCUUCGGGAGCAACGCAAGUACCAGUGCUACGGCCGAACCAAAGAAAAAGGCCCGGUCUCAAAAUGAAUUGCUGCGAGAACAGGAGGGAAACGAUGCAUCGUUCUGGCCUUGCGCCACGACUAACAAUGUCAAGGAUGAUGUGGAAAUUAUCAGACGAAGUAACAAUAUUGGACAGCCAAAUGCAGGUUCCGCCGACGAUCCUCUUCCUGCACUCAAUGAGACGGAUGAACAAUCAUCGACGCUUUGGGUUACUUUUGACAGCAAGCAGGAUACAACUGUGGAGGAUGACGAACUCACUUUUCUGACAAUGGACACUGCCUUGGACAAGGGUUCACCCGAGAAACGAGGCAAAAAGAAAGCAAAGUUCUACUCUCCUCCCAGACGGUUCCAAGCGGGCCACCAACAGGCGACGAUAACGACACCACCUACACCACAGACACCCCAAUCACCCAAGAAACCUCCACCCUCCUCCUACGCAGCACAGUACUCAUCACCACGCAAAACCAAAAACAAGUUGCCUUCCGUGGCAGCUCAACAACGCAAAGCACCGCCAACACCAAGUGCAGCAGCAGCAGCAGCAGGAGCCGCAACGCCUCCUCCAAAAGCAGCCACCAAGGCACAAGCAAAACAGCAAAGGGAACAGGAAAAGAAAGAAAUGAAUUGGAAGGCACUCAAGGCCAAAUUUCGAAUUGCCUCCAUGAUAUUGAAGGAAUUCGAGUGA